AUGGUGAAACUAUGUGUCAUAUGUGGAAACAUGGAUGGUGACAACGACGUUUCAAUGCACAGAAUUCCAACUGAUGUGCGUCGUCUUCAGUGGGUGGAAUUCGUGGUGAACCAAGGUUUUCCUGUAAACCUAAGCUCAAAGUUGUGUUCGAGGCAUUUUAUCCCUGGUCAUGACUACAUAGAAGGAGAGGCACAACGCCGCCGUCUGAGGCACACAGCAAUCCCAUCUUUGGUAAUCGGACCAUACAGAGAACGAGAAGAUCAUGUGGAAAACGUCGAUGCCGGUAUACAAGUUCAGAUGGAUGAAGUUUUGUUGGAAGAGAACAUUGAGGUAGUUGAAGUCAUGAUGGUCAAUGACAACAUUGAGGUAGUGGAAGUCGCGAUGGACGACAACAACGUUGAAAUCGUUGAAGUUCUCAUUAACGGAGACGAACAAGUACCAGCUCAAGUCGAAGUGGUAUCAGAUGAUGAUAACUUUGUUGGUGUUUUCGACCUUUCACCACUAUACGACAUUGAAGAGGUUGAACAAAUGGCCCCAGUUGUCGCUAGACUGUUGCUAGACCGUCCGGCUGGCGUUCAGCACCCACUACCGGAACCACACAACAUAGGCAUGUUGAAUUACGUAUGCCAGUAUUGUAGGGCCCGCCACUUUAAGUGCGAGGAAACAAGCCCGAAUCAUUUUUCUACAUGCUGCAAUAACGGUCUGAUGGCCGUUUCAGGACCGCGUGUGUUGACACCUGCACCACAUUUACUACAGAGGUUGUUGGUUGAAGAUUCGGUAGAAGGUAGACACUACCGAAAUAACAUCCGCCGGUAUAACAACACUUUGGCAUUUGCUGCUUUCUCCACCGACCUCAACACACGGCGCUUGCCAGGUCGGGGACCGAAUGUGUUCACUGUUCAAGGGCAGGGAUAUUGGACAAUAAGUAAUGACUUGAUCGGGAACGAUCCUAUCCAACGCAGAUUCUGCCAGUUGUAUUUCGUUGAAUCCGGCGAGGCAAACCGGAUUCGUAGGGACCAGCAGCAAUUACUGCCUGCCGCACACCGUCUAUUGCCAAGUGUACUCGAAGACUUAGACGGGCUGUUACGGGACAUCAAUCCAUUCGCACAGGCUUUUGAAACAAUGCGAGAAGUGUGGGCUGCAGAAAACGCUCCCGGCAGAGAUCCUCAGUUGCUUCCAAGGAGAGUGAGAAUGCAUUUUGUCGCCGACGGAAAUGUGGACAGGAGACGAUACAACCCACCGCCUGAAACGGUUAACGAAGUCGCAGUAGUGUUUGUCGGUGAUGACGGUCAACCGCCAACAAACGUCGAUCUGGUCAUUCAUGACCGGAAUCCGAUUGACCCACAACAUCGUCGGCUACAGACCAUACCAGCCGGCUCUUCAAACGCGGAUCCAAUGCUGUAUCCCCUACUCUUUCCACGAGGAGAGCUCGGUUGGCAUCAACGCUUGCUACAAGAGGGCCCUCGCCGUACCCCUGUUCGCAAUCGGAACAGUAUCAGGGAGUAUACUUGCUAUCGUCUUGCUAUUCGUUACAAUGGCAACAACGACACAAUCAACGAUACUAUGAGUUUAUUACAUAAUGGUCGAUUUCUGUUGCAACAGUUUGUGGGUGAUCAUUACGUUCGAAUGGAAGCGAACAACUUACAGUACAUUAGAUGGCAUCAAGCUGAGCUUUUUGCCGAAUCGUAUCAGGGACUUGUGGAUCACAUCAACCAACAGCUCCAACUCGACGCACCCAUGGCGGGUGUCGGUCGUAGGAUGAUUUUGCCAUCGUCGUUCACAGGCGGUCCCCGUUUCAUGAAACAGUGUUAUCAUGACGCUAUGGGCAUUGUGUGUAAGUGUGGAAAGCCUAAUCUUUUUAUUACGUUUACGUGUAAUCCUACCUGGCCGGAGAUCACACAGAACCUACCGAGAUGGGCCACGGCAAGCGACAGACCGGACCUGGUGUCCAGAGUGUUCAACGCGAAACUCAAGCAGCUGAUGCGCGACAUAACGGUGAACAAUAUAUUUGGUAAUGUCGAUGCAUAUGUUUAUACUGUCGAGUUUCAGAAACGAGGACUGCCGCACGCCCACAUACUGAUCAUUCUGAGUGAGGGUAGCAAGUUGCUAACCGCUGACGAUGUUGACAAUGUAGUGUGCGCCUUUUUACCAGACCCGGUGAUUGAUCCGCGUCUAUUCGAUUGUGUGACGAGACACAUGAUCCACGGGCCGUGUGGCACGCUAAACCCAAACAGCCCAUGUAUGGUGGACAACAGUUGUUCGAAAAAGUUUCCAAAAGAAUUCAGCGAAGAGACUGUAUACAUUUCCGACGGCGGUUACCCGAAGUACCGCCGGCCAAACAACGGACCUGUGGCCAGGGUCAGAAAUCAAGAGGUCAGCAACGAGUUUGUCGUGCCUUACAAUCCGUACCUGUUAGCAAAAUAUGAUGCACACAUUAACGUAGAGGUAUGCUCUACUGUGAAGAGUGUUCAGUAUUUGUAUAAAUACGUAUAUAAAGGGCACGAUGCUGCGACCAUGGAAGUAUGGAACGGAAAUGAAAUAGACAGUUACAUAAAUUCGAGGUACGUUAGCCCACCAGAAGCCAUUUGGAGGUUGUUUGCGUAUAAACUACACGACAUCAGUCACACGGUAGUUAGACUUCCGGUGCACCUAGAAAACUACCACAACGUGUACUUUGCGCGUGGACAAGAACUACAGGGGGUACAAAACCACGCCCUACCUCAAACAAAACUCACGGCGUUCUUCGCGCUCAACGAGAGAAACGUUGAUGCGCGACAGUAUCUGUACCACGAGAUACCGAUACAUUACACUUGGCAAGCAUCGUCAAAAGAGUGGAGACUGCGGCGUAGACAGGCACCUCGCGAGACGUUAGCUCGGAUGUACGUCGUCAACCCACUAGAUAGAGACCGUUUUCAUCUACGACUGCUACUCUUAAACAGAAGAGGCCCGCGGUCUUUCCGAGACUUGAAGACGGUAAACGGGGUCGUACAUGCCACAUACGCGGCCGCAGCUGUUGCGUUGGGAUUGUUGGAAGACGACGAAGCGUGGCGGGCGUGCUUGACAGAAUCAUCGCCGUUGGACACAGCCACUCAACUGCGUUAUCUAUACGUCACUAUACUAUUGUUUUGCCAUCCCGCGGACCCUGCGGACCUGUACCGGCGGUUCGAAGUUAACAUGAUGGAAGACUUCAAUCAGCGCUUCCAAAACGUCGGCCGCGCGAGGGCGGCAUGUCUCAAAGCAAUUGGAGACCUACUUCGUGCACGCGGAAAAUCACUCAACGACUACGGUCUACCCAAUCCAGACGACGAUCUACUGGAACCGGAUCAAGACGACCAAAUGUUCGGUGCAAUAGACGCGGUUGUUGCUUGGCAACAACGAUUGCGCGACUUGAACGACGAACAGCGAACGGUGUACGAUCGAGUGAUGGCGGCCGUUGACGACAACCGCAACGUCCAGAAAAUGUUCUACGUCGACGGGCCAGGAGGCACGGGAAAAACGACUCUAUACGGAUGCCUAAUAUCGUCGCUUCGUAAUAGACAACAAACGGUGUUGAGCGUGGCAUACACUGGGAUCGCUGCAUCCCUCAUGGAGGGCGGCAUGAUGGUACACUCGACUUUCGGAUUGCCAUUGGGAACGCUGACCGAACAAUCUACUUCGAGCAUCACCAUGCAGUCUUUGCGGGCGCAAAGGAUACGUGAAGCUUCGCUGAUUGUCUGGGACGAAGCGCCCAUGUCCCCGGGCCUACAAUUCACGGUGGUCGAUCGUUUGCUCAAGGACAUCAUGGGAUCGGCACUACCAUAUUGCCCGUCGUUCGCCGAGGGAACAGGAGCUCCAUCGUCAUGUCAUCUAUCAAACGCCACUCAUUGUGGAGAGAAUUUGAACAGUUACGGCUGA